UUCCUGUACCUGGUAAUGGAUUACUACGUGGGCGGAGACCUGCUGACGCUCCUCAGUAAGUUCGAGGACCGCCUCCCGGAGGACAUGGCCCGGUUCUACGUGGCCGAGAUGGUUCUGGCCAUCAGCUCCGUCCACCAGCAGCACUACGUCCACAGGGACAUCAAACCGGACAACGUCCUCCUGGACGUCCACGGACACAUCCGCCUGGCGGACUUCGGCUCCUGUCUGCGUCUGAUGGAGAACGGAACGGUCCAGUCCUCGGUGGCGGUCGGGACCCCGGACUACAUCUCCCCGGAGAUCCUGCAGGCCAUGGAGGACGGGCAGGGCCGCUACGGGCCGGAGUGCGACUGGUGGUCUCUGGGGGUCUGCGUCUACGAGAUGCUGUACGGAGAGACCCCCUUCUACGCCGAGUCCCUGGUGGAGACCUACGGCAAGAUCAUGAACCACCAGGAGCGGUUCCAGUUCCCCUCCCAUGUGACUGACGUGUCCCUGGAGGCCCGGGACCUGAUCCAGAACCUGCUGUGCUCCCGGGACCGCCGCCUGGGUCUGAACGGGAUCUCGGACUUCAAGAGCCACGCCUUCUUCUCAGGGAUCGACUGGGACCACAUCCGGUCCGCCGAGGCCCCCUACGUCCCCGACGUGUCCUCCCCCACCGACACGUCCAACUUUGACGUGGACGACGACGUCCUGAAGAACCCCGAAGUGUCUCCUCCUCCGUCGCUCUCCGGCUUCACCGGGCAGCACCUCCCCUUCGUGGGCUUCACCUUCACCACCGGCAGCCGCUUCUCCGACCGCAGCCAGGGGGCGGGGGGGGCGGGGGGGGCGGCAGAGGAGGGCGGGGCAGGGGGCGGGGCAGGAGGCGGGGCAGGAGGAGGGGCAGGAGGAGGGGAGGUGGAGGCUUUUGAGAAGAGGAUCCUCCGACUGGAGAAGGAGAAACAGGAGCUGCACCAGAAACUACAGGACCUCCCUCAGGAGAAGGAGGUGAAGAAGCUGAGUGAGGAGAUCGAGCGGCUGAAGAAGAAGCUGGCAGACUCUGAUAGGCUGGAGACCCAGCUGGAGGAGGCGGUCUCCCUCAGGCAGGACUACGAAAGCUCCGCCUCCAGAGUGAAGACACUGGAGAGACAGGUGAAGACGCUGCGGCAGGACAAGGACGACGUCCACAAGCAGCUGACCGAGUCCCUGGACCGGCUCCGGACCCAGACCCGGGAGCUGAAGGAGGCGCACUCCCAGAGGAGGCGGGCCCUGCAGGAGUUCUCGGAGCUGUCGGAGAACCUGGCCCAGCUGAGGGGGGACCGGACCCGGCUGAGCCGCCAGCUCCGGGACAGGGAGGACGAGAACCAGGUCCUGGUCCAGAGGGCCGAGGCCAGCCGGCAGGAGGCCCGCGGCGCCGAGGAGGACCGCAAGGAGAUGGAGGUCCGGCUGGAUGCGGUCCAGGCGGAGGUCUUGAAGGAGCGGAAGCUGAGGGAGCACAGCGAAGUCCAGAACCAGCAGCUGGAGGCGGAGCUCCAGAGCCUAAAGGGUCGGGGAGCGGCCUCGCGGGGCAGCGAGGUCCAGCCGGAGCUGUCCCGCCUGAAGGCGGAGCUGGACCAGAAGGUCCGGUUCUACGAGGAGGAGCUGCUGAGGAGAGACUCCGCCCACAUGAGCGAGAUCAAGACCCUCCGCAAGGACCUGCAGGAGUCCCAGGAGGCCCAGCUGUCCACCAACCGGGACCUGCUGCAGCUCCGGGACAAGCUGGACCAGGCCAGGACCGACAGGCAGUGGGAGUUGGACGAAUCAGUUUCUGCUUUGAAAGAAAAUCAUGAUCGAGAAAAGAAACUUCUGAUAGAAGAAAACCGGAAACUAACGACAGAAAGUGACAAGCUCCUGUCCCUGGUGGACUCCCUCACCGUUCAGACCCAGCAGCUGGAGGAGCAGCUGCAGCAGAUCUCCUCCAAGAAGGAGAGCGUGGCGCACUGGGAGGCGCAGAUCACCGAGAUCAUCCAGUGGGUCAGUGAUGAGAAGGACGCCCGGGGCUACCUCCAGGCUUUGGCCUCCAAGAUGAACGAGGAGCUGGAGACCCUGCGAGGCUCCAACCUGGGGAGAACAACGGACCCGCUGUGGAAGCUGCGGCGCAGCCAGAAGCUGGACAUGUCGGCGCGCCUGGAGCUGCAGUCGGCGCUGGAGGCGGAGCUCCGGGCCAAGCAGCUGGUCCAGGACGAGCUGCGCCGGGCCAAGGAGGCCGGCCUGGGCCUGGAGAGGAAGCUGCAGGAGUCGGAGCAGCAGCGCCGGCGGGCGGAGCAGCAGCUGGACAGCCUGAGGAGGGAGGUGGAGGACGGACAGCCGGCCAGAGGUCUGAAGCUUCCGGACUUUAAGGACUCCAUCUUUGAGUACUUCAACACGUCUCCUCUGGCUGCAGACCUGAGCUUCAGGGCGGGUGACUUUGACUCCUCCCCACCGAAAACAGAGACGCCGUCCCCGUCCUCUGCUGCUUCUGAGCACGAGGAGGUUCAAGCCCCGCCCCCCCCUGCUGCCCCGCCCACCAGUGUCCAGAACUCAGCAAAGCCUCGCUCUCACCAGCUCAGCAUCCGGAGCUUCUCCAGUCCUGCUCAGUGUUUCCACUGCAGCUCUCUGAUGGUCGGUCUGACCCGGCAGGGCUACGGCUGUGAGGUCUGCUCCUUCGUCUGCCACGCCUCCUGCAGAGGCCACGCCCCCCCGGUCUGUCCAAUCCCAGCAGAGCAGAGCAAGCGGCCGCAGGGCGUGGACGUCCAGAGGGGCAUCGGGACGGCCUACCAGGGCUACGUCAGGGUCCCGAAGCCCAGCGGAGUGAAGAAAGGCUGGCAGCGCGUCUUCGCCGUCGUCUCCGACUGUAAACUCUUCCUCUACGACGUCCCGGAGGGGAAGUCCUCCCAGCCGGGGGUGGUGGCCAGCCUGGUCCUGGACCUGAGGGACGAGGACUUGUCUGUCAGCUCGGUUUUGGCCUCUGACGUCAUCCACGCCACCAGGAAGGACAUUCCCUGCAUCUUCAAGGUCAGCCGGUCCCCGCCGCUGUCCCCCCUGGGUUCCGUGUCGCUGCUGGUUCUGGCGGAGAGCGAGCUGGAGAAGCGGCGCUGGGUCCGGGUCCUGGAGAGCCUGCAGAACCUCCUGACCCAGAACCGGCUGCGGAACCGGCAGGUCCACGUCAUGCAGGAGGUGUACGACGCCUCGCUGCCGCUCAUCAAGAGCACGCUGUCCGCCGCCGUGCCGGAUCGAGAACGGGUCGUCAUGGGAACCGAGGACGGGCUGUUCGUGGUGGAGCUGAGCAGAGACGUGAUCGUCCGGGCCGUGGACUGUAAGAAGGUCCACCAGGUGGAGCUGGUCCCCCAGGAGCAGAUGGUGGUCCUGCUGUGCGGCCGGACCCGGCAGGUCCACCUCCACCCGUGGGCGGUGCUGGAGGGGGCGGAGCCAGCCUUCGACGUCAAGCUGCCCGACACCAAGGGCUGCACGGCGCUGGCGGCGGGGGCGCUGCGGCCCGGCGGCCCCGCCUGCCUGCUGGCCGCCGUCAAGCGCCAGGUCCAGUGCUACGAGAUCUCGCGGGCCAAGCCGCACCAGCGGAAGCUGUGGGAGGUGCAGGCGCCGGGCCCGGUGCAGUGGAUGGGCCUGGUCCGGGACCGGCUGGGUCUGGGGUACCCGUCCGGGUUCGCCCUGCUGGGCCUGCAGGGGGAGACGUCCCCCGUCAGCCUGGUCAGUCCCGGGGACGCCUCGCUGGCCUUCCUGGCCCAGCAGCCGCUGGACGCCCUGCACGCCGCCGAGGUCGGGUCCGGGACCGGGUCCGGGACCGGGUCCGGGACCGGGGAGCUGCUGCUCUGCUUCAGCCAGCUGGGACUCUACGUGGACGGACAAGGACGGCGCUCCCGGUCCCAGGAGCUGAUGUGGCCCUCAACUCCGCUGGCCUGCUGUUCUAACUCGUCCCACCUGACGGUCUACAGUGAGUACGGGUUGGACGUCUUUGAUAUUCAGACUUCUGAUUGGGUCCAGACUGUCCCACUUCGUAAGGUCCGUCCUCUGAAUGUUGAAGGGACGUUAAACCUCCUGAGUUCAGAACCUCCUCGUCUCGUCUACUUCAGCAGCAGCUGCUCAGAUGGGGACCUCAACAUCCCUGAGACGAGUGACCACAGCAGGAAGUUGAUGGUUCGAACCCGGAGUAAGAGGAAGUUUCUCUUUAAGGUUCCUGAAGAAGAACGACUCCAGCAGCGGAGGGAGAUGCUCAGGGAUCCGGAGCUCAGAUCUAAGAUGAUUUCUAAUCCGAUCAACUUCAACCACGUGGCUCACAUGGGACCAGGAGACGGCAUGCAGGUCCUGAUGGACCUCCCCCUGAGUGUGAUGUCUUCCUCUCAGGAGGACCCGGUUAAAGAUAAGCCCCGCCCACUGUCCAUUGUCUCUCGACAGCAGAGGAGCAGGACCAACAUGUCCCGCACAACGUCAGAUUUUGUGGGCGGGGCUUCAGUCCGCAGCCUGGGUGAUCCAGACCAGGACCAGGACCAGGAGCAGGACCUGGACCGAGAGCCGGACUCCGACUCCACCAAACAGUCCACCGCCUCCAACAGCUCCAGCAGCCCCCCCAGUCCCAACUCCCCCCCCCCACCGGGGCCAGCUGGACCCGGAGCCCUGACCCCCCACCGGCCCUGACCCCCCGCCGGGGCCAGCUGGACCCGGAGCCCUGACCCCCCACCGGGGCCAGCUGGACCCGGAGCCCUGACCCCCCACCGGGCCCUGACCCCCCGCCGGGGCCAGCUGGACCCGGAGCCCUGACCCUGACCCCCCGCCGGGGCCAGCUGGACCCGGAGCCCUGACCCCCCAGCGGGGCCAGCUGGACCCGGAGCCCUGACCCCCCACCGGGCCAGCUGGACCCGGAGCCCUGACCCCCCACCGGGGCCAGCUGGACCCCCCCCCACCCCUGUGUGAGUGUGUGUGUGUGUGUGUGUGUGUGGGUGUGUGGGUGUGUGGGUGUGUGGGUGGGAGUGUGUGUGUGUGUGUGUGUGUGUGUGUGUGUGUGUGUGUGUGUGUGUGUGUGUGUGUGUGUGUGUGUGUGUGUGUUUUAGAGGGAGUGUGUGUGUGGGGGGUGUCCUCCUUCACCCCUUCCGCUGCUUUUAGCUCUGCCCUUGGUUUUAGCCCCGCCCCUGAUUUUAGCUCCGCCCCUGGUUUUGGCCCCGCCCUGGUUUUGGCCCCGCCCCCUCCUGCCCGCUGGGACCAGGCGUCGACAGGACGUCUCACUCUGAUGGAAAAACACUGAAACUUUCUGAUGUUGAUAAAGUUGCACAUUUAACUGUUCUGUAGGUGAAACUGUCUUUGACUCUGUGUCUGAUGACCCCCAAUGACCCCCCCAUGACCCCCCAUGACCCCCGCCCCCCCGGCCGGGGGGUCACACUGGAACACUACUGCUUCGUCACGGUUUGAGGAUCUUUGUAACUUAAAAAGACAAAAUAACAAUAAAGCUUCCU